UACCAAAGUUUCGGCUUGGUGUCUUCGCUGCGCUACUCCUCAGUAUAGCGCUCCAUUCUAUGGCUCGAUGGAUACACCAGAUGGGACCAAACCUACUGUAUUCGUCAAGUACCCGUUGUACCGUAUAUCGGUACUGUGUACGGGGCCCGCACACCUACAAGCGCAGAUCCCUGGUAGCCCGCCAUGACUCUGACAUUGCUUGACGUUGUUCUGUGUCUGGUACUUGUCACCCUCAUCGUCCUCUAUGUCGUUCAGAGACUUCAAACCUCUUCCAAGAGGCAUCUCCCACCAGGUCCGAGCCCACUACCGAUUUUGGGUAAUGCACACCAAAUGUCCUCCGACUUUCCCGAGAAGGUGUUUGCCCAGUGGAAGGACGUGUAUGGCGACAUUAUAUUCCUACAGAUGUUCGCCACCCCGGUGCUGGUCCUGAAUUCUGCCAAAGCUGUGCGGGAUCUCCUUGAAAAGCGCAGCACGAAGUACUCAGACAGACCGUAUUCAACCAGAUUCAUCGAACUUCUGGGAUGGGACGCAAGCUUUGCACUCAGGAACUACGGUGAGAUGUUCAGGAGGCACCGCCGCUGGUUACAAGCCCCAUUCUUCGACAAAGCUUCAAUUGCGCAGUACUUGCCCGUUCAGACUCGCGAGGCUCACAUACUUCUUUCCAACCUCCUCAUCGAUCCCGACAACUUUUCAAAUCAUGUCCGUCGCUUCUCUGGCGCAACCAUGCUGGAGACACUGUACGGACACAGCGUCAUCUCACCGGACGAUGAAUAUCUUCGGCUCGUUGACACAACCAUCGAGGGCACCACGGCCGCUUCCGCCCCCGGCGCUGCGCUCGUGGAUUUCAUUCCCAUACUUAAGUACACUCCAACCUGGCUUCCCGGCGGUGGAUGGAAGCGUCGUACAUUGGAAGGGAGAGCCGCGUUGCAGGAGACCCACGUCAAAACAUAUGCGCUUGCGGAAAUGCAUGCAAAUAAUGGCAAGUUGUCCGUUGUGGGCUCACUGAUCAAGGAGUACUCGGACAAAGGAGAGAUUGGGCCCCUAUUGCCGGAAAUCAUGCAACUCGGGACGUCGGCAUACUCUGCUGGAACAGAUACGACAAAGUGUGUAUUGCAAAGCUUCAUACUCGCUAUGGUUCUACAUCCCGAAGUGUACAAGAAGGCGCAAGAUGAGAUGGAUCGUGUCGUCGGUCAUGACAGGCUACCGACAUUGGAGGACAGGGAUUCCCUUCCGUACUUAGAGUGUAUACAGAAGGAGACAUAUCGCUGGAUCUGUCCCGUCCCCUUGAGUCUACCCCAUGCAUCGAGCGAAGACGAUGAGUAUCGUGGAUACUUUAUCCCAAAGGGAACAACUGUGAUCCCAAAUCUCUGGCUCAUGUGUCGAGACCCCGAGGAUUACCCUAGUCCAGACGAUUUCCUGCCAGAACGUUUUUCGAUGCUGACAGCGGAGGAAGUCGAGCGCAUAGAUCCACGUAAUAUAGUGUUCGGACAUGGUCGAAGGAUCUGUCCGGGUCGUCGCUUCGCAGACAUCAGCGUAUGGUUGGGGAUGUCUUACAUGAUAGCGACUCUUGACAUCUCGAAAGCCCGAGAUGCUUUAGGAAAUGAGAUUACGCCCCCGGUUUUAUACGAGCCCGGUUUCACAAGCUGUCCCGUCCACUUCGAAUGCUCAAUCAAAGCGCGAUCGCAAAACGCUGUAGAAUUGAUCGCUAGUACUGCUUGAGAGUGGCGCGUUCGAACACUGGCCGUAGGGCAUACCAUUUGGCGCCAAAGUCAGGUACAUACAAGUAUGUACAAGGGGAUUGCAUUGAAUGCAAUGAAGGGCCGC